GCCAGAGGAAGCAGCGCGGGCCUUGACCGGCGUUGGCUCGCCGCCUCCGCCGCCGCCGCGCCUGUGUCCGGUUCCUCAGGCCUGGCCCGACCCAGUUUGGUCCGCCCGGGCUCAGCGGCCCCGGGGCCGCGGCUCCCGAUGGAAAUUAUACAAUAUAGGCUAUUUGGGUGACAUCUUCCUGAAAGAUCUUCAAGAAUUACAGAAGACAAAAACACUAAUGUAUUUGAGAAAGUGGUAAAGUUUAGGGGGAGGGGGAAAAACCUGCUCUCCUGAUCUGCAUCUUGGCUGGAUGUUAAGAUGUCUGUGGACAUGAAUAGCCAGGGGUCUGACAGCAAUGAAGAGGACUAUGACCCAAAUUGUGAAGAAGAGGAAGAGGACGAAGACCCUGGGGACAUAGAGGACUAUUACGUGGGAGUAGCCAGCGAUGUGGAGCAGCAGGGGGCUGAUGCCUUUGAUCCUGAGGAGUAUCAGUUCACAUGCUUGACCUACAAGGAAUCCGAGGGUGCCCUCAAUGAACACAUGACCAGCUUAGCCUCUGUCCUAAAGGUAUCACAUUCAGUUGCUAAACUUAUAUUAGUUAAUUUCCACUGGCAAGUCACAGAGAUACUGGACAGAUACAAGUCUAAUUCUGCUCAGCUCCUUGUUGAGGCUCGAGUUCAGCCCAAUCCAUUGAAACAUGUUCCCACAUCCCAUCCCCCUCACCACUGUGCAGUGUGUAUGCAGUUUGUGCGGAAGGAAAAUCUACUCUCUCUGGCCUGUCAGCACCAGUUUUGCCGAAGCUGCUGGGAGCAGCACUGCUCAGUACUUGUCAAGGACGGUGUGGGUGUGGGUGUCUCUUGCAUGGCUCAGGACUGCCCGCUCCGAACACCAGAGGACUUUGUGUUUCCAUUGCUGCCCAAUGAGGAACUGAGAGACAAAUACAGGCGCUACCUCUUCAGGGACUAUGUGGAGAGUCACUACCAGCUCCAGCUCUGCCCUGGUGCAGACUGCCCCAUGGUUAUCCGGGUACAGGAGCCCAGAGCUCGCCGAGUACAGUGCAAUCGGUGCAACGAGGUCUUCUGUUUCAAGUGUCGUCAGAUGUAUCACGCCCCCACAGACUGCGCCACAAUCCGGAAAUGGCUUACGAAGUGUGCAGACGACUCUGAAACAGCCAACUACAUUAGUGCUCACACUAAAGAUUGUCCCAAGUGCAACAUCUGCAUUGAGAAGAACGGAGGCUGCAAUCACAUGCAAUGCUCCAAGUGUAAACAUGACUUCUGCUGGAUGUGUCUAGGAGAUUGGAAGACCCAUGGCAGCGAGUACUAUGAGUGCAGUCGGUACAAGGAGAACCCAGACAUUGUCAAUCAGAGCCAGCAAGCCCAGGCCAGGGAGGCCCUCAAGAAGUACUUGUUCUACUUUGAGAGGUGGGAAAACCACAACAAGAGUUUGCAGCUGGAGGCACAGACAUACCAGCGGAUUCAUGAGAAGAUUCAGGAGAGGGUCAUGAAUAAUCUGGGGACAUGGAUUGACUGGCAGUAUCUACAGAACGCUGCCAAGCUCUUGGCCAAGUGUCGAUACACCCUGCAGUACACGUACCCAUAUGCAUACUACAUGGAGUCUGGACCCAGGAAGAAGCUGGCCCUGCCCCGGCUACAGCCCCCUCUCCUUUUGACCCUCCUGCUCUACCCAUACAGUUUGAAUACCAGCAGGCUCAACUGGAGGCUGAGAUCGAAAACCUGUCAUGGAAGGUGGAGCGUGCGGACAGCUAUGACAGAGGGGACUUAGAAAACCAGAUGCACAUAGCAGAGCAGCGGAGGAGAACCCUGCUGAAGGAUUUCCAUGACACCUAGAUUGGAAUGUGGACAUGCCAGAGUGAAGAAGAUGUGGCUGCGAGGUCUCCCGGCUGCCAUACUGCAUGCUGCAGGCUCUGCCUUUCACGAUCCCAGGCAACAGCCAGGGCCCCACUCCUGAGAGACACUGGCCCCACACUUCUUAGUCAAUUUUCAUUUUUUUCUCAUCUUUUUUGCUUUUUGUUUUUACCAGGGUAGAGGCCAUGUUGAAUUGGCCUCUUUUCAGGACCUUUAAUUCCCCCUGGAUGGUUGUUGGGAGGGUGGGAAAGUUUUUUCUGAAUGACUAUUAAUAGUAUUAGAUCAUUACAACUUAUGUAAUUUUCAAAAGUUGCACAAUUAUAUUAAAAAAAAGGGGGACAAACCAACCAUAGAAUUACACAGAACCCUUUUUAAAAAUAAAUUGGCAUUGGAGUGUUUUA